GUCUCAUUUCAGGGAACCAUGGCUCUGCAUCUCGUACUUACCUACCUUGUCUUGGCUCUCAGUAGCAUCAGCGGUUAUCCACUUUCCCAUCAAAGUAAUGGACUGCGAGAAUGCCGUAGCAACGGGGCACUCAGGGCUCUAGAGGUGUUACCAGGUGGAGGAUGGGACAACCUCCGCAAUCUGGACAUGGGAAGAGUGAUGAACUUCAGCUAUUCCCAGUGCCAAACGACAGAGGACGGAGUCUACCUCAUUCCUGACGAAGUUUUUGUGAUUCCACAGAAAGUCAGUAGAGUAGAGACUAACUCUGACAUCAUCACCUCAUGGCUAGACCAGCGCAGCACCACAUCCCGUUCCAUCAACGCAGAAGCGUCUUUCUUCCCCGUUCUCAAUGGAAAGUUCUCCUUGGAGAAUGAACGCAUGAAGACGCACCAAGACAGGGAGUCUUCUGUCACUGCCCAUGUACAAGUGCGGAACCAUCUCUAUACUGUGAAAGCGUACCCAGGCUUCACCCUGGACUCUCGCUUCACUCAUCAGGCCAUGGAAAUUGCUGACGCCAUAGAAAACAACCAAACACGCCUAGCAGCUUACCUUUCAGAGAAGCUGAUCCUACACUAUGGCACCCACGUGAUAACAACUAUCGAAGCAGGAGCUUCAUUGGUGAUGGAGGAAUACCUUCAAGCCUCUUAUGUGUCUAACGUGGACAAAUCUACUCACUCAGUCUCAGCAUCAGCCGGACAGAGCUUUUUCAACAAAGUGAACUUUAAAAUUGGCAGCAAAGAUGUGCAGGGGAAUAUGAGCAACUAUGAGGGGAAUGUCACAUACUCACUGACAGUGAGCCAUGGUGGAGCACCAUUCUACCCUGGAAUCACUCUGCAAAAGUGGCAAGAAAGCAUCGUAAACAAUCUGGCAGCCAUAGACCGCACGGGUAUGCCUCUCCACUACUUUAUCACCAAGGCUGUGUUCCCCAACAUGCCAGAACCAACUGUUGGGAAACUGGCCUGGUCAGUUCGCCAAGCUGUCAAGCGUUAUUACACUGUUAACACACGUCCAGGGUGUGUCAAGCCAGAUUCAAAGAAUUUCAACUUUCAGGCCAAUGUGGAUGACGGCAGCUGUGAAGGGCCUGCAACUAACCCAACAUUUGGUGGCAUUUAUCAACGCUGCACCCAGAUCACUGAAGAUGGACAUUUGAUUUGCGAAGUGCAGGGGCAGAAUAACCCAGAAACUGGCAACUACACAUGUCAGGAGCCCUACCAGGAAACCUUGUUGCGAUCACAGAUGAUGGAAGAAGGCUACACUCGUUACGAAUGCCACCAGGAGUGCGAAAAGUGUUGGCUAAUCCAAACAUGCUGCAAAAAUGUGUGCAGUGAUGUCUAUCGUAUCAGACGUGCCAACAUCGAGACUUACUGGUGCUCCACAGUGGAGGAAACCGAGACGGUCUCUGGCUUCCUGUUUGGUGGCCUCUACAGCCCUUCAAUGGACAACCCUUUGACUAAAUCCCGCAGCUGUCCUCCCCAGUACAACCCACUCAAACUGCUAACAACCGGUCUGAUGCUCUGUUUGAGUAAAGACUACGAGGCCGGUACACGAUUCUCAGUGCCUUUCGGGGGAUUCUUCAGCUGCGAGGCUGGAAAUCCGCUCAUGGGCUGCGGCCAACGUCGCUGCCCACCCAAUUUCAGCCAGCACCUGGCUGCCAUCAGUGAUGGGUGUGAGGUGCUCUACUGCGUCCAGUCGGGCAUCUUCACAGGUGGGCAGCUGCUGCCGAUACACCUGCCACCAUUCACCUGCCCACCCAUCAUCAAUGGGAUGACCACAGACACUGUGGUUGUCAUAACAGAGGGGGACAAAGCCUGGGUACGAGUCAAUGACACCAAUAUGUGGAAAAUGGCCAAGGCAUUUGAUGUCCAAGGGGUAGCUGAACAGAUGAACAACUAUUAG